GGCCUCAGCCUGGCCGGGGAACCCCGGGAGGCUGAGGCGGUGGCGGCGGCGGCGAGUGCAGAGCUAUGGUUGGUGACGCGCGGCCUUCAAGGGUUCGCGCUGGCGGCUGCCGGGGCGGGGUAGGAUCCCGGACGAGCUCCCGCGCGCUGCGGCCACCGCUCCCGCCUCUCUCUUUCCUCUUUGUGUUGUUCCUAGCGGCGCCCUGCGCUUGGGCGGCGGGAUACAAGACAUGCCCGAAGGUGAAGCCAGACAUGCUGAAUGUACACCUGGUGCCUCACACACAUGAUGAUGUGGGCUGGCUCAAGACGGUGGACCAGUACUUCUAUGGCAUCUACAAUGACAUCCAGCCGGCGGGCGUACAGUACAUCCUGGACUCUGUCAUCUCUUCCUUGCUGGCGGAUCCUACCCGCCGCUUCAUCUAUGUGGAAAUCGCCUUCUUCUCCCGUUGGUGGCACCAGCAGACAAAUGAAACACAGAAAGUCGUGCGGGACCUGGUGCGCCAGGGACGCCUAGAGUUUGCCAACGGUGGCUGGGUGAUGAACGAUGAGGCGGCCACCCACUAUGGAGCGAUCAUCGACCAGAUGACACUUGGGCUGCGCUUCCUGGAGGAGACGUUCGGCAGCGACGGGCGCCCCCGUGUGGCCUGGCACAUCGACCCAUUCGGCCACUCUCGGGAGCAAGCCUCACUGUUCGCGCAGAUGGGUUUUGACGGCUUCUUCUUUGGACGCCUGGAUUAUCAAGACAAGAGGGUGCGGAAAGAGGCACUGCAGAUGGAGCAGGUGUGGCGGGCCAGCGCCAGCCUGAAGCCUCCCACCGCCGACCUCUUCACCAGUGUGCUCCCCAACAUGUACAACCCGCCAGAAGGUCUGUGCUGGGACAUGCUGUGUGCCGACAAGCCCUUUGUAGAGGACAUGCGCAGCCCGGAGUACAACGCGAAGGAGCUGGUCGAUUACUUUCUGAAGUUGGCCGCUGACCAGGGUAAGCUCUACCGCAGCAAACACACGGUGAUGACCAUGGGCUCAGACUUCCAGUAUGAGAACGCCAACUCGUGGUUUAAAAAUCUUGACAAGCUUAUCCAGUUGGUCAAUGCCCAGCAACAGGCCAACGGGAGCCGCGUCAAUGUUCUCUACUCCACUCCGGCCUGUUACCUCUGGGAGCUGAACAAGGCCAACCUCAGCUGGUCAGUGAAAAAGGAUGACUUCUUCCCCUACGCUGAUGGCCCCCACAUGUUCUGGACCGGUUACUUUUCCAGCCGGCCUGCCCUCAAACGCUACGAGCGCCUCAGCUACAAUUUCCUGCAGGUGUGCAACCAGCUGGAGGCGCUGGCGGGUCCGGCAGCCAACGUGGGACCCUAUGGCUCCGGGGACAGUGCACCCCUCAAUGAGGCGAUGGCGGUGCUCCAGCACCACGAUGCAGUCAGUGGUACCUCCCGGCAGCACGUGGCUGACGACUACGCCCGCCAGCUUUCGGAAGGCUGGAGGCCUUGCGAGAUUCUCAUGAGCAAUGCGCUGGCGCAUCUCAGCGGCUCCAAGGAGGACUUCGCCUUUUGUCGCAAGCUCAACAUCAGCAUUUGUCCGCUCACCCAGACAGCAGAGAGAUUCCAGGUGAUCGUUUAUAACCCCCUGGGGCGGAAAGUGGACAGGAUGGUGCGGCUGCCUGUCAGCAAACACGUUUACCUCGUGAGGGACCCCGGUGGCAAAACUGUGCCCAGCGAUGUGGUGACGAUUCCCAGCUCAGACAGUCAGGAGCUGCUUUUCUCAGCCUUAGUGCCUGCCCUGGGCUUCAGCAUCUACUCGGUAUCCCGGAUGCCUAACCAAAGCCCCCAGAAAUCCUGGUCCCGUGUCUUGGUCAUCCAGAAUGAGUACCUCCGGGCUAGGUUUGACCCUAACACAGGGCUCUUGAUGGAGUUGGAGAACCUGGAGCAGAAUCUCGUGCUGCCUGUUCGCCAAGCCUUCUACUGGUACAAUGCCAGUACAGGUAACAACCUAAGCUCCCAGGCCUCUGGUGCCUACAUCUUCAGACCCAACCAGAAGAACCCACUGUUCGUGAGCCACUGGGCUAAGACCCAUGUUGUGAAGGCAUCCUUGGUGCAGGAAGUACACCAGAACUUCUCAGCCUGGUGUUCCCAGGUGGUUCGCCUGUAUCCCAGACAGCGGCACCUGGAGCUGGAGUGGACAGUGGGGCCAAUACCUGUGGGAGACGGCUGGGGGAAGGAGGUCAUCAGUCGCUUUGACACUCCACUGGCGACAGGCGGACUCUUCUACACUGACAGCAAUGGCCGGGAGAUCCUGGAGAGGAGGCGGGAUUAUAGACCUACCUGGAAGCUGAACCAGACGGAACCCGUGGCUGGAAAUUACUAUCCAGUCAACAGCCGCAUUUACAUCACGGAUGGGAACAUGCAGCUGACUGUGCUGACUGACCGAUCCCAGGGGGGCAGUAGCCUGAGAGAUGGUUCCUUGGAACUCAUGGUGCACCGAAGGCUGCUGAGAGACGAUGCCCGCGGAGUUGGGGAGCCGCUGACCAAGGAGGGGUCGGGGCUCUGGGUGCGAGGACGUCACCUCGUGCUGUUGGAUAAGACGGGGAUUGCGGCCGCCAGGCACCGGUUACAGGCGGAGAUGGAGGUCCUGGCCCCGCAGGUGGUGCUGGCGCGAGGUGGCGGCGCGCGGUAUCGCCUCGAGGUAGCCCCACGCACGCAGUUCUCAGGGCUCCGCCGCGAGCUGCCACCUUCCGUACAUCUGCUCACAUUGGCCCGCUGGGGCCCGGAGACGCUGCUGCUGCGCUUGGAGCACCAGUUCGCCGUAGGGGAGGACUCGGGCCGCAACAUGAGCUCCCCGGUGACCCUGGACUUGACGAACUUGUUCUCCGCCUUCACCAUCACCCACCUGCGGGAGACCACGCUGGCGGCCAACCAGCUCCUGGCCUACGCCUCCAGGCUCCAGUGGACAACGGACACGGGCCCCACACCCCAUCCUUCUCCUUCCCGUCUGGUCUCCGCCACCAUCACGCUACAUCCCAUGGAAAUUCGUACCUUCUUGGCUUCGGUCCGAUGGGAGGAGGACGGCUAGACCCACUGGAUACAAGAUUCCCCGCUCCGAGCCUGAGUUCUCUCUCCUCCGGGGGCGGGGCCAACUCUCCCCCUCCUCUUGUUGCCGUUGCUACCACCAAUGAAAGCCUUUAAAAUGUCACUACCAAGACUCAA